AACCACUCGUGGGGCCGUCAAUAUUCUCAUGCCCUCUUCAAAGCCAUGAGCCACAUGCUAUGCAUAGGCUAUGGGCAACAAGCACCUCAGGGCAUGCCAGAUGUCUGGCUCACCAUGCUUAGCAUGAUUGUGGGUGCCACGUGCUAUGCCAUGUUCAUUGGUCAUGCCACUGCCCUCAUCCAGUCUCUUGACUCAUCCCGUCGCCAGUACCAAGAGAAGUAUAAGCAGGUGGAGCAGUACAUGUCCUUCCACAAACUGCCAGCUGAUACCCGUCAGCGCAUCCAUGAAUACUAUGAACAUCGCUACCAGGGCAAAAUGUUUGAUGAGGAGAGCAUCCUGGGGGAGCUGAGUGAGCCACUGCGUGAGGAGAUCAUUAACUUCACCUGUAGGGGCCUGGUGGCCCACAUGCCCCUGUUUGCUCAUGCUGACCCUAGCUUUGUUACUGCCGUGCUCACCAAACUUCGAUUUGAGGUCUUCCAACCAGGUGACCUCGUGGUUCGUGAGGGCUCAGUGGGCAGAAAGAUGUACUUCAUCCAGCAUGGACUACUCAGUGUGCUGACUCGGGGUGCCCGGGACACUCGUCUCACUGAUGGCUCUUACUUUGGGGAAAUCUGCCUACUGACUAGGGGCAGGAGAACAGCUAGCGUGAGGGCUGACACCUAUUGUCGCCUCUACUCACUCAGUGUGGACCACUUUAAUGCGGUACUAGAAGAAUUCCCCAUGAUGCGGAGAGCCUUUGAGACAGUGGCCAUGGACAGGUUGCACCGAAUUGGAAAGAAAAAUUCCCUGCUUCAGCGGAAGCGUUCAGAACCCAGUCCAGGAAGUGGUGGUGGUGGAAUCAUGGAACAGCAUCUGGUACAGCAUGACCGGGACAUGGCCCGGGGAGUAAGGGGGCUGGCCCCAGGCGCUGGUGCUCGCCUGAGUGGGAAGCCAGUGCUGUGGGAACCCCUGGUCCAUGCCCCGCUACAGGCUGCUGCAGUCACCUCUAAUGUGGCCAUUGCUCUAACCCAUCAUGGGGCACCUCUGCCCCUCUCCCCAGACUCUCCCGCUGCUCUUCUUGCUUGCUCUGCUCGUCGAUCAGGUGGCUCACUGGCCUCACCCCUGGUGCCUGCUCGGGGACCCCCUUUGUUGGCUCGAGGUCCUUGGGCAUCAACGUCCCGCCUGCCCGCACCAGCAGCCCGGACUCUUCACGCCAGCUUAUCCCGGGCAGGCCGCUCACAGGUUUCCCUGUUAGGUCCCCCGCCUGGUGGGGGUGGACGGCGGCUGGGGCCAAGGGGUCGGCCACUUUCGGCAUCACAACCUUCACUUCCUCACCGAGCAGCUGGGGAGGGCUCCCCCGGGCGCAAGGGCUCAGGAGGCGAGCGCUUGCCUCCCUUGGGGCUCUCAUCCAGGAUCCCAGGUACCGCCCAGCCCCUCAGGCCUCCUGCCGCUGAUCCGGGUACCACCAAGGGCCCCCAACUUCCUGCUAACAUGUGAGAACUCCUGGGUACAUCUAGCCUUGAUUGUGAGAGAAGGUGUGGGUGCUUUGAUGUCUAUGGGUACCACGAACAAAGCAUCACACACUGUGGAUUGGAUGUCUCCCUUCACUGCUAAGUGGAAAUAGCCCUGCCUGACGUGUCUCCAUCACUGCCACAUAGAAGUAUCUCCAUACCCUUUGCUUAGAGCAUCUCCCUGGCCAUAGACCUUCCCAGAUAUAGGCACUUUGCCCUUUUCCCCACUCAACAAGGCAUGAGGAUCUUCUUAUCCUCAUCACUGCCAGGUAGAAAGAUGUCUUCUGUUCUCCCAGCUCCUGCAUCCCUCUACUCAUGAGCCCUUUCGGGGCAGACACCCCAUCAACUGCCUAGUGUGGCUACCUUCCUGUUCCCCCACCACUGCCAAAACCACAGGCCUCAUGCCCCUUGUUUGGGCAUUCCGCCUCUGCUCUCAUCACUGCCAUUUGUAGGCACCUACCCGUCUACGGCCCUCUCAGUGAAUACAAAUACCUGUUGCCCAAACGGGUAUCUCUUGCCAGCUUUCCUCUAUCCUAUCUUUGUGGUACAAAAAUCUUCUUGUGAACAAAGAGCCACAUCCUCCCUAUGCUCCUAACCAGUUGUGCCCCUGGGGAUGGGGAAUGUCCAGCCCCUCCCUAAUGAAUGUGCCAGCCUAGGAGCCCUAGCAGCUGAAUCCUUAGGUAAUUAAUGAUUUAUUUAUGUAUUGCCCUCUCUCUUAGGGGGAGGGGUAAAGACAAAGAGGGUUUCUCUCCUCUUGCCAGCACUGUGGCCCUUGCCUAGCUCCAUCAGCAAUACUAAGACUCCAGUUCCCCAUCCCCAUGGGGGGAUGGAAGGGCCACCUGGGGUAGGCGUGGGGGCAGUUUUUACUUUUAGGUGUCUUUUUUUCCUAUGCUGUGAGAGAGUGGGGAAAGGGUGAGAAUCCAAGUGGAGUGGGGGAAAGAUGGGAACAGGGUAGGGGAGGGGCAGACCAGCCAGCACCUCUGCCUUCUCAGGGAUACAGGAAGCCCCUCAACCUCCCCCUCUGUCCUUGUCUUCCCUUUCCAUAACAUUAGCCUAGGAAGAACAAGAGCCAGAACCCUGGCAUAAAGCUCCCCUGCCAAGCUCUGGGCUCUGGGAUUCUUAGUGUGUGUAUGUGUGUGUGCGCAGG